AUGUCCACCAAGAAUGUCAAGAUACUGUCAUGCAUGCACUGCGUAAAAGAACUGUGCAAGAAGUUCACAAAGAUUGAGUUCAAGCACUUCCCCGAAAUUCAGAACGAGUUCAUCAACGCCCUUGCGACCUUAUCAUCUAUGUUUCAACAUCCAUACAAGAACUACAUCGACCCCAUCGAGAUAGAAAUCAAGGAUCAACAUGCCUAUUGCUUCCAUAUGAAUGAAGAACCAUAUGGUAAACCUUGGUAUCACGAGAAGUUUCUUGCAACCCAAGAAUACCUAGAAAAUUCUACUAAUGGUCAAAAGCGAGCCCUCAGGAGAUUGGUAAACCACUUUUUCCUCAACGGGGAAGUCUUGUAUAGGAGGACCCCCGACUUAGAUUUGCUGAGAUAUGUAGACACAGCCGAAGCAACCAGACUGCUUGAAGAAAUACAUGCAGAGAUAUGCGGACCCCAUAUGAAUGGGUUCACAUUAGCCAAGAAGAUUUUAAGAGCUGGAUACUUUUGGAUGACAAUGGAAAGCGACAACAUCCGCUAUAUGCAGAAAUGUCACUAG